GCAGCGGAGCCCUGACACACAGACUACAGAGGAGAAUGAAUCAGUGAGACGUCAGAGAUGAGAUCUGAAUGGGUUGGGUGAUAACAGGUCUGUGCUCCUCUCUGUCUGCGGAGUGUGUUGGCUUUUGACUUCUGCUGCGCUUUGAUACUUAGUCAUCACACUCGGGCAUUUGGACAACUGCCAGGAUUGACUGGGAGAAAAAAAGAGGCUUCUCAUUCCUCCUCCCUCCUACCGUCGCACCCUCCUUCUUUAAACAAGUAGUUGACGAACCAGUUUCAAAUGCAGUUUGUGUCUUGGUGUUAAUCCAGUUACACUGUUCUCAUGAAUUUCAUUUCAAUUGGAACUGAAACAAAAACAACACUCAAGAGUAUGUUUAGCUCACUCAUCUGUAAAAUAUAUUUUUUUGGUGUCUGAAUAGAAGACAGUUAUCAUAAUGUCACUCAGCCAACACCUGUGGUUUUGUCUCAUCAACGAUCUGAUCAAAAGUCCUCACUGGCCCAGACCAGACCAGAUCCAAACUCUUUGUCUUAUCUGUGCAGAAAGCUGCUUUUCAGCAGCUUUUCCGGAUUUUCCCACAAAGUAAUUUUAAUUUGAAAAUCCAGCACUAUUGUAGGAAUAAUGUUAUACAUAAUAAAUCUUAUUUGCAGCAAAAUGGGAAAUAUCCACAGUUUUGUCAUUGUAUAUAAUUCUUUCAGCUUAAAUAUGUAUAUUUUUAUUAGCGUUUUUAAAUAAAGGUCAGUGUAGUUUUGAAGCAGUAGUUGUGAAUGUGUCGGGGUAGGUGCGAGGCAAUAAACAAUAGUCCGAUCUGCAUUAAGAGGGCACUGCAGAAAAGGUUUGGGAAUCACUGCCACGAAUGACCCUGUCACCCUUUAGUAAACUGUCACCUAUUGUGAUUUGAAGGGUUAACACGUACUAGUUACGACAUUACCGUGAGAAAACAAUGGCUCCUGUACUUGAAUAAUGUAGUUUCCAUAUUUUAGUUGUGACAAGUGGGGGCAGUGCUCUGGAAUCAUUGUUAUCAGAUCCACAGGAUGUCCUGAGGAGGAAGCCAGUGCAGAGUUGUAUGCUAGCAGUAAGGGCGAGGGAGGCUCACUCAACACGGUCUCCUCUCCCAUAAUGUCUCUGGGAAGGGUCACCCUGGAAUUUAGGGUUGGCACCCCAACCAAAGAUCACCAUGGCUUUUAUAUACAUCAACACAGGCUGGAAAUUUGCAACCAUGAAACCAAGCCUGAUAUGGACCCACUUUGCUUUUAUUAACGAAAACCCAGAAAUAGGGCAAACUGAUUCAAGCUGGGGGGUUUCUCCCACCGACUGACUAGAAAUGUUGAGCUUCACUGGUCUGGAUUACCAAACACUGACUCUUGUUGACAGCAGAGAAAAGGCAUCAACUACAAGGAAGUGAACCCAGAAAACACGCAAAGUAUUUUCGGUGAAAUACACUCAUCCAUAGACACUCUAGCCUACACCUUUGGCAAUGUAGUUUCUGAUUUCCUUAUGGGAGAUGUGGAUGCUGGAUCAGGGUUGGGGAUACCCCAGACCAGAAGAAGCAGAUCUUAUGACGACCUCUCAGUGGAUCCUGAUGAGUAUGUCUCAGUGAAAAAUGAUCCCGUGGGCCCAGAUGUGCCGCUGUCACGGGAGGAGGAGGUUGACCUGACCCUGCUGAAGAAUGACAGCGGGGUGGAAUCGGCCCUGCUCUACGCCAAGGCCUGGUCCAAGUACAUCAAAGACCUUCUGACCUGGAUGGAGAAAAGGAUAGCUCUGGAUAUUGAAUAUGCAAAAAGUUACACCAAAAUGGCAGAGUCUGCAAAGAAUCUGGCCAGUCAGCAGGACUACAUGCCGUUCAGUGACAUCUACAUUUCCACAUUCAAGAAUGACAUGGAAUACAACCAGCUGCUAAUUCAAACAGCCGUGGCUCUUCAGACCAAUAAGUACAUACAGCCUCUUCUGGCUCGCAAGAAUGAACUUGACAAACUGAGAAAAGAGAUUAAGGAGCAGUGGCAGCGGGAACAAAAGAAAAUGCAAGAGGGAGAUAGCACCCUGCGUAAGGCACAAGCUCUGAAGUCCCAGAGGAGGGAGGAAUAUCAGAGGGCCCGCUCAUCCACCAACCGCUCCCAGGAGGAGCUGUCUAACAAUGCAGCCAACAAACAGCUGGAGAAGAAGAGGAGACUGGAGGAGGAAGCUCUGCAGAAGGCGGAGGAGGCUCGGGACCAGUACCAGAUUUGUGUGGCUGACGCUGGCGUCAGAAGGAUGGAUCUGGCCAACGCUAAGAGCACAAUCCUCACACAGAUCAGGGAAAUGGUCUUUCAGUGUGACCUCACACUCAAAGCUGUGACAGUGAACUGGUGUCAGAUGCAGCAGGGGCAGAUGGUGUCUUUUCCUGCCCACUAUCAGGCUCUGAGUGAUAGCGCCAAGUUGUACGAGCCCGGUGAAUGCUAUGCUGAGUUUGUCCGGAACCUGCCCAAGAAUCUGCCUAAAGAGCACCUGCACUCUGACUCCACCUCGUCCGACAGCGCCAGGUUUGUGUUCAACAAGAGAUCAGUGGGCAGCACUCAUUCCUCACAUGGCAACCUCUCACAGGCGUCCAUCACCUCGUACGACGUGCUCAGUGGAGAUGAAGCGGACAACGUCAUGCACAGACCACAGUUUAGCGAACGGAGGUCCAACAGCAGCACAGACAUACAAGCGUUAAGAAGUCAGGCUCCGUUAAGAACCUGGGCCUCCAGCAGCCAGGGCAGCCAGGGGGGGAUGUGCAGUGACUCAGAGAGUGCUGGAGGCAGCAGCGAGUCCAGAUCCAUGGACUCCCCCACCGCCAGUCCAGGUGACUUUAAACGUCGACUACCUCGGACUCCCUCCACUGGAACCAUGUCGUCAGCCGACGACUUAGAUGAGAGAGAGCCUCCGUCACUCUCACACAACGGUCUGGCUGAGAUGGUGACAGAGACGGCCAGUUCUCCCGGUCCUUUCCGGAACGCUCAGAUGUCCAAAGCUGCUCAAACCCAUAAGCUAAGAAAACUACGAGCACCAUCUAAGUGCAGGGAGUGUGACAGUCUGGUUGUUUUUCAUGGAGCCGAGUGUGAAGAGUGCUCUCUGGCUUGCCAUAAGAAAUGUUUGGAGACACUUGCAAUUCAGUGUGGCCAUAAAAAGCUUCAAGGGAGGCUGCAUCUGUUUGGGAUCGACUUUGCUCAGGCAGCGAAGAACAGCAAAGACGGCGUUCCCUUCAUCAUCAAGAAGUGUACCUCUGAGAUUGAAGGUCGAGCACUAAACAUCAAGGGUAUUUAUCGAGUAAACGGUGCCAAAUCUCGUGUUGAGAAGCUCUGUCAAGCAUUUGAAAAUGGGAAGGACCUGGUUGAGCUGUCUGACCUCUCACCUCAUGACAUCAGCAAUGUCCUCAAACUCUACCUGAGACAGCUACCAGAGCCAUUGAUCCUGUAUCGAUAUUACACCGACAUUAUCGGACUGUCAAAGGAGUGUCAGAGAGUCAUUGUAGAGGAAGCGGACACACACCCUGUCCCUCAGGCGGGAGAAAAAAGUGACCUGAGCACACAGCUCAACAAGGUCAUUUACAGGAUCAGAGAUCUGCUCUACCAGCUACCCACGAACAACUACAGGACGCUGCGGCACCUCAUAGCUCAUCUGCGUAGAGUUUCGGAGCAGGCAGAAGAGAAUAAAAUGACUGCCAGUAAUCUGGGAAUCAUCUUUGGCCCCACACUGGUGAAGCCGCGGCAGACAGACGCAGAGGUGUCUCUAUCCUCACUGGUCGACUAUCCAUACCAGGCCCUGAUGGUUGAGCUGCUGAUUCGUUACUUCCCGACAGUGUUUCAUUCAUCACCUUCGUCAGGUUCCGCUGGCCUGGGGUCUCCCAGACUCACGCCACAGGAGAAGGUUCAGAGGCUCAGUAGAAAUUCCACCUCCCUGAUGGACAUCAAAGAGAGUGCCAAAGUGUACAAGAGAUACUCCUCAGUGAUCCCGUCAUCGCACAUCCUGGGUGAAGUACAGGAGGUGAAGCCGGGAACAGACAAAACAGAUGUCUCAUCCCAACACAACGGGGUCCAGACAGCAAAUGUUGGAGACGACCAGAGAACACACUUAAUCCAUCCUAACGUCACCAGCAACUCCACAAGUACAACUACUUCUAAUGCACCACCAAAGGUCCAUCUGCGUCCCAAAGGCCCGAGACAGGUGUACCGACCAAUCAGCAUGCCACUAGAACGUCUCCCCACUCCGGCUCAGAUUAACGAGAGGAAUUUUCGAAAUGGUGCCGCUAGUGACACGUCCACUUCUGAGCGAGACAGCGCGGCUGAAACCAUACAGGAGAUCCCGGAGAUGGAAAAGACACGAGCAGGCGGCUCGUCCAGGGUGAGCGCCUAUUACAUCACACCUUUCAUCGACACACAGACAAUGCAGAGGCGAACGUGGGACAAGAAGUACAAGCAUUAUGAUGUCACACCCAGGACUGCUAUGAUAGUGGCCAACUCUGCAGUUCAACCAAUAAAGGCAACAAUGCCUGUCCCUCUCCACCCAACAUUAACCGCUGACUCUGUGGCCUCAACAACAACCAGCUUGACCACAGCAUUGUCCACCAGUCCCCAAAUGGCACCCAUGAAACUUGUGUGGACUUCUAAAAGGGAAACCAACACAGACGGUUCAGCCUGUGAGGCCAGCAGCUCGGAAUAUCUUCCACUAACACUCAGGGCACCAAGGACUCUGCAUCCUCCCCCCGGAACUUUCUACAGACCCCCUGCUUCUUUAAACAAAACUAGGACGCUUACAAACUGGACUACCACCGUCACCACCACAACAGCAACAACCACCACCACCUCUGCAGUCCUCCCCAUCACCUCUAGUCAGGUUGUGAACUCAUCCCCUGCUCUUACAAGCCCACCACAGACACAGCUACAGACCCAAGACUCCACUGACUCUGGGUUCCUGACCUCUGCAACCCUUUCUCCCUCUCAGUCACCGUCGUCAAGCAGCCCCAACGACCUCAAUCCCUGCGAGACCAAACCUCUCUACCAAAGACUGCGGCCUCGGCGAAUGCAGGAGCUCGAACACAGAGAGGCUCAUUUUGUCUGAUGCCCAAAUAUUAAACGCAUCGUAUACCGUAUGUAAAUAUAUAUGUACCAUAUACACCAUGGGGUGUGCUGGGACAAGUGUUUUUAUGAGGAGGAAAGUAAGAGGUCUGUGAAAAUGAACCAUAAAAGUGUUAUUACUAAUAUAUAUUUACAUGUUACAGUCGUUGUGUCAGUCAGGAUGGUUUGAGUGUUUAAAACAAGCCAGUACAAAAAGGGAGGAGCCUGCCUCAUUAGUCAGUGUCUAAUUAAAAAAUAUAAAUAUAUUUUUUUGUUUAUUUUAAUGUCAAGGUUCUCUGUGUUACAAAGACGAAGCCUUGUUUUAAUUUGUCAUAUUUUUUGUAAUCACACAAUGCACUUAAACAGGUUAAAAAUGUAAUGUAGUCAUUUUCUAUCAUUUCUUUUUUUUAAAUGUGGUAUUUUAUUAUAAAAGGAAUAGAAAAUUGUCAUUUAAAAAAAGAAUGCAAAAGAAUUGAGCAGUCUAUCCUUCUAGUCUAUGAUUGGUACAUUGUCUUUUUCAAUGUGUAAGCCCUAUGUAUGUGUUUACAGUUUUUAUAUUCAUCCAUACAUACUGCAUGAUUGUCACAGCAAUUUAUUUUUUGUGUCUUUUUGUGGUAUUGUAAUUAUACAAGAAAAAAGACCUGCAACAGUUCUUGCUGCAAAUUAAAAAAAAUACAUCAAUUGUUAA